AUGUCUACCAAUACUGAAAACUUAUCAUUUAUUUCGAAUACAUUAAAACGACGUCAACAAAAACGUCAUGAAGUAACCAAAGUUUUACAAGAAGGUAUGAGUUCUCUUCAUCUUUCAUCAUCUAAUGAACAACAACACCCGCAACAACAACAACAUCAACAGACAAAUGAAGGGAUCUAUCCGCUUUUUAAUAUCGAUCCUCAGUCCUAUUUAUUAGACGAAGGUGAUGAACGCUCAAUGCUCGAACCAAAUUCAUAUAAUAAUUCCGAUUUUAAACAAACAAUUAAUAUUUUAAAUAACUGGCUUAAUACAACUUUAAGUACUGAUUUAAUUAUUGUUCGAUCAUUUGAAAAUGAUCUUUAUGAUGGAUAUAUAUUUGGCAAACUUAUUGAAUAUUAUCAACCAAAUAUUCGAUUACUCUAUGAUGGUAUACCUUUAUCGGAAGAAUCGAAAAAGAAGACACUUACACGUAUUCUUAAUUAUCUUGAAAUACAUUUUGAUCAACAAAAUCAAACUAUUAAAUGGACAUUUGAACAAAUUUAUAAUCGAGAUUUUAUCGCUAUUUUACAUCUUCUUUUGGCAUUAAUGAAAUUUUUUAAUCAUAAAAAAUUUGCUGAUUUACCGAAAAAUUUAUUUUUAAAAGUUAUUAUUGUUAAAAAAACGAAUGGCAUAUUACAAACAAGAAUUGCGAAUGAAUGUUUCAUCGAUGAUCAUGAUAGACAAUCAAUGCCUAUAGGAUCUUCAAAACAGGGUGAUCUUAUUGAUUCUUUAUUCGAUCAUGCACCUGAUAAAUUAGCAAGCAUCGAAAAAACUUUAUUGAAAUUUAUAAACAGUCAUUUAAAUCGUUAUAAUAUUUAUAUAAAACAAAUUGAUAUACAAUAUUUUCAAGAUGGAUUAAAUUUACUUUAUCUAAUAUCUCAUCUAGAAAAUUAUUUUCUAAUACUUAGUAAAUAUAAUCAUAAAAGACCAAUAUCACGUGAACAAUCUCAUGCUAAUCUUCAAUUAGCUUUUCAACUUAUGAAUCAAGUUGGUAUUGAUAUUGAAGAAUAUUGUCGAAUCAAUGAUCUUCUUGCAGGCAAUCAAAGAACUUUAUAUCGUCUUCUUUUUCAACUUUAUGUCAGAUAUAAUUCAGAUUCAAAUAAUUUAUUACAAUCAGUUACAUAUCUUCAACCUGUUCGAACAAAUAUUGAUAGUCCAUUUUUGUAA